GACACGGCGAGAUGACAGCAGGGCCGUGUUUAUCUUUUCCAGCGAUGCUGCCCGGUUCACAAUUCAGGGAGGUUUCCUGACUUUUUAAAACGCACCACACAAGUGUACUCAAUGCCAGCAGUGCUACGGGUCUGUUUCCGCUCGGAUAAGUGUUCACGCAGUGCGGAGCGGCAGUGUUUAGCUAACACCGUUAGCCCAGCGGCACACUCAGACCCCCAGCCCCAGCACUCUCGGCUUUAUCUUUAGGACUUUUCAAUCGGCCCGGCGGCUUCCCAGCAGCCUGCCUCGCUCUAGCCUGUACAUCCGUUCAGCGGCACCGGCGGCGGCGGGGGGGUUACGGCAACCGGAGCAGACAGAAGCCCCCCCUCCCCCGGGACAGGCGGACAGAUAGCUGCGGUGGUAUCAGCGAGGAGCAGCUAUGUCUGAAAUCUCCGCCCUCACUCCCUCCUCUCCCAGUAUGGCUGACCAAUCAAUGCCUGCUCCCUCCAGCCCACAGCUUCUCCCCUCAGAAAUUCCCAUCCCAAAAUCAUCUCUCUACGGGGACCGAGCAGUGAUGGGAAACCCAACAUUACAGACAAGCGGGAAAAAGUCCUCUUCUUGGGAAAGCACACCUGGCCAAAACAGUGGCGCUCUGUCUUCAGCAGCAUCAGAGAGCGCCGCUGGAGCGCCGGUUGAGCUCCCAGCUGCUACAGACGGAGAGACUAAUGGGAGAAAUGAUUUAGUUGGCCAAACAGAGCGGAACACUGAAGCACAGGAGCAACAGAUGUUGCUGUCGCCUGAACAUAAUCCCAGUCCUAAUCUCUAUCCCAACGUUCAAGUUAACCAGAUUUAUAGUCCUGCUCCCUCUGUGGUCAUUCCUCCUCAGUUUACACCUCCUGUUCCCGUCUCCAACCCGGCCCCCUCUUCACAAGACUCAAGGCAAACUGAAGCACAAACAGUCCCCCAGCCUGAGCCUGCCGAGAACCCUGAAGCCAACAGUCCCAGCACUGCCAGGAUGACCCCUGAGCCCCCGUGCACGCCCUCCAAGACUGAGCCCCCAGCCGUGCUGGUGCAGGAGUCCAGUGGCUCCUGGGUUCUGCCCUCCUCGUACUCGCGACCAGCCCCGGACACGCUCAGCUACUUGGAGUCGGCCAGCCUAAUGUCUGGCACGCUGGAGUCUCUGUCAGGCUUCGGCGAGGACGGCAGCUCGGUGGGGUCAGACUCUGAGAUCAAUGGUCCAGUGAGGCGUACUGAUAAAUACGGCUUCCUGGGAGGAGCGCAGUACAGUGAGUGCAGUGAGGCGGAGAUCGCUGUGGCCGUGGCGAGGCAGAGAGAGAUGAAAUGGUUGGACAUGUUCAGAAACUGGGACAAAUGGGUAUCUCGACGCUUUCAGAAGGUGAAAAUGCGCUGCAGGAAAGGAAUCCCCUCCUCGCUGAGAGCCAAAGCCUGGCAGCUGCUCUCCAACAGCCAGGAGCUCCUCGAGUCCAACCCGGGAAAGUUUGAUGAGUUGGAGCAAGAGGAGGGAGAUCCGAAGUGGUUGGACAUCAUAGAGAAGGACUUGCACAGGCAGUUCCCUUUCCACGAGAUGUUUGCUGCUCGGGGAGGACAUGGGCAGCAGGAUCUGUACCGUAUACUGAAGGCCUACACAAUCUACCGGCCCGAUGAGGGCUACUGUCAGGCUCAGGCGCCGGUGGCAGCAGUGCUGCUCAUGCACAUGCCUGCUGAGCAAGCCUUCUGGUGUCUAGUGCAAAUCUGUGAGAAAUACGUGCCUGGCUACUACAGUGCUGGGUUGGAAGCUAUCCAGCUGGACGGAGAGAUUUUUUUCUCUCUGCUGAGGAGAGUUUGUCCCAUGGCGUACCGUCACCUGAAGAAAUUUAAGAUCGACCCCAUCUUGUACAUGACAGAGUGGUUUAUGUGCAUUUUCUCCCGUACGCUGCCGUGGUCUUGCGUCCUGCGUGUCUGGGACAUGUUCUUUUGUGAAGGAGUGAAGAUUGUGUUCAGAGUGGGUCUGGUGCUCCUCAAGCAGAUGUUGGGAUCUGUGGAUAAGCUCCGUGAGCUGCAGGGCAUGUACGAGACCAUGGAGCGACUGAGAAACAUCCCUCCUGAAGCUAUCAGGGAGGAAGUUCUGGUGCAAGAGGUGGUGUCUCUGUCUGUGACGGAGGCCCUCAUCGAGAGGGAGUGUGGUAUUCAGGUGCGCAAGUGGCGGGAAUCUCGUGGAGAGUUGACUCACCAACCGGGUCGGCGUUUGCACGGUACACGGGCCAUCUUUGAACAGAAACACCGGGCUGCUGCGAUCAGCUCUGGCGGCAGCCUGUCGUUCCUGGCCAGUCACAUCCCUCCCCCUGGACCCUUACGUGCGUCUUCAAGCCUACUGUCACUUCCUGGCCUUAGAAAGUCCAAGAUGCCGUUUCCCUCACAGAAUAAGAAGGGCUCCACUUCUGGCAGCUUUGGCCAGGAUAUCGUCCCACUGCAGCCCCUUGGGGGCGGCACCAGUGCAGUGGCCUCAAAACCUCCUGUGCCAUCUGCUUCUAACGCUGGAGCCGGUGGAAAGCCACCAGCGCCACAUGGGCCCAGUCCGCUAGCUACAACAUCAUCUACUACCACUCCACCAGCUCCAACCGCACACGCGUCCAGCACGCAGAUGCACCAGCUGUCGCCUAAAGUCGUCUCUGAACACAUCACCCCCACAAUCCCAUCGCCCACCGCAAACAACGCCCCAUUACCACCUUGCCCAGAAACAGCAAAAACGGCAGUGGAGGAAGAUGGGAAAAAGAAAAAGAAAACCAAGGAGGACAAGAAGCGAGAGAAAGAGGAGGAGAAGCAAAAAUCACGGGAGAAGAAAGAGAAAGAGAAAACCGAGAAAGAACGGCUGAAGAAGGAGAAGGAGAAAGCAGAGAAAGAGAAAAAAAAGGAGAAGGGGGGAAAGAAAAAAGACAAAGGGGGAGGGGGAGAGACUGAGGAGAAGAAUGGAGCCGCAGCAGCAAAAGAUUUGGCCUAAUUCCUGCCCCGUCAUUCCUACUGCAAGAAUAAAAGCAUGAGAAUAGUGGAAAAAAGAGGACAUGGCUGAUGAUUGCUGAUAAGAGAGAGAGAGAGAGAGAGAGAGAGAAUUGCCUGGAAUGCCCAUUUCAUCUCAAGUACUCAUUUCACAAGGAUAACUGGAUCACGGCAUCUGCCCAACGACUCCAUCAACUUGUGCUUUCACCCAAGGCCGAAACAGGAAGCAGUUAUUACUCAGCCUUUUGUUUUGAAGGUGGAUAUCUGAUUGACGAGAUCAGCUGUAAUUAGUAGUUGUUUCUAGUAUACUGGGUGCCAUGGUGUAUAUAGACCUCUAGUGCCAUCUGUGCCAGUCCAGCCCCACAAUCCCCUUCUGUCCAUCACCCGAGAGCGGUCUCAACCAGAAUACCUGGAUAAAACUGUUCUGUGGAGAGAAAAGUGCUGCGAUAGCUAGUAAUAACUUAUCUUUGAGUGCUCUGGAGGACCUAUUUAUUCAUUGUAGUGUUGAUUGUUAGUGUGUGUUAGUGUGUUGUUGUACGUCUGUGCCUUGGCAGUGUAGUGAAUCGUGUCACAGUCUCGUUCUUCUCUCUUGUCAGUCUCUCAAAGGAGCUCGUCUUUACAGGCGCGCUCUCGUAAGAGGAACUGAUAAGUGUUGGGGGAGUGGAGGAGCCAAACUGAAAUGAGGGGAUAGGUACGUUCUUCUUUAAAACAGUGGAGAGAGACACUUUUAACUAUUUAAGAUUAAAAAAAUGUUUGACUAUCCAAGUUAACAUAGUUACUAAAAAGAAAUUAAAUUAGUGUACCUGUCUAUCUCCGCUCAAAGACUCAAUCUGUCAUUACAUCAGACUCACCAAAAAUUCCCUUUUGACGCGGAAGAGCUUAUUUGAUUCAUUUCUUUUUCCAAUGAAAUGCAUAACAUAAGCAUUCAAUUCUGCCAAGCAUGUCAGUCACUCCAGAUAUCUGUGGUUUGAUGCUGAUAUGGAUGUAGAGUUCAGACUAGAAUUUUAUUAUAUUUAUGCACUGAGGCCUGUUGAUUUUCACCACUAACCUGAUUGUUUUUUAAUGAAGGGCACUCUCUAAUCAAGCUCACAUGACUCCUGAAGUCUGCGCCUUGGUGAACAGGAAGGGUUUGGUGCAGCACUGUAGCAUUAACCUUUGACCUUUGAAGCUCUUGACUUCAGGCUGUAAUGUUUUGAUGUGUAAACUAUUAAUUUAAUCGGAUGAAACCAUAUACUAUCUAUUACAGCUAUGAUUAGUCUCCUUUUGGAUUAGAUUUUUUUAUUUUUGUAUGCAGAGGCCUGGUAGACUGGAGUUUGGUUUUAGGAGACCGAUGUAUUUAAUCACACGAUUUAUUUGUCUUUUAUUUUUUUAAGCGCUGAAGAUUAUUUUUGCACAUUUUUCUCCCAACAUCCUGGAGAACAAAAGCAAGCAGUUGUUAUUUAUUUUUAGACAUUUUAUAAUCACUAGCUUAUCUAAUAGUACUGCAGUAUUUGUGUUAUGGGAGAUACUGAUUUCAUACUGAUUAUUAUUUCAUUCUGACCUUUUUUAAUAUUAUUAUUUUUAUCCCAACGAAGGGGGAAGUGAUCCCAAAGAGUUGUGAGAGAAAAGGAUUGGAUCAAUUAAAUGUGUGCUACGCAUUUAUGUGUUACUUAAACAUGUAAAAUAUAAUCCUUAACACAACCUUCACCCAAACAGUGUUACUCUUGAUUUGAAGUGAACACUGGUGUAUUGAACUCCACCGUAAUCUACUGACCUCUCAGUAUUAUCAAUUAUUCUGAUACAUUCACCAGGUGACUGGACCAUACUUACUAGACUCCUACUCGAUAUAUAUAGUAUUUUCUGUCAAGACAGAGGGGACCUGAAGUGUUUUCUAGGUUCCGAAUACUCUGUCAAUGGUUUAAUGGUGUCUCCUGUGUUUACUGGACUUGUUCAGUUUCAACUGCAGGGGUUCAAAUCACUGACCUCAGUGGUCGUUGCUUCCUCUAAAGGCACUACUGUUCAAAUGGAAAGCAAGCAAAUUAUGUCUAUGCAAAUUAUAUGUUCCUAAAUCUGCACAAUGUAGAUGUUGACAUUUGUGGUGUGGCCAGUGGGGGCUCAAGCUACCUUCACUGUUGACAGCAGCACAGUGGAUGUCUUAUUAUCCUGAAGAACAGCUCUAAGUCCCAAUAGCAUAAACCUGGUUUUGUGCCACCUUCACUAACGCCAUCUUGUCUGUACUGCCAAGUGCAUGACAGGUGGACUUAAAAUGGUUCGGACACUGUGCUCACCAAUAAUUAAUGCAAGGCCAUCCAGUGUUGGUUUACUUACACUCUUGAGACAGCUGGGACUGGGUGUAAAGUAGUUUGACUUGUCUUAUGGAUUUCUGCAUUGCUAAAUAUGACCCAAUGUAUGUUGUAGGGUUGUUGUAAAGUUGAUCUUAAAUCAUUUAAAUUUUCUUUUUAAUUUGUUUAGGUUAGAUUUCUCAUCCUGUUGUUUGUAUGUUUCAUGCUUGUUUUAAUGUUUACAUUAAACCAUUUACAGUUGAAGAUGAAAUAAAUUAAUAGAUGAAGACAGUUGUUCUAAAACUGCAGAGGAGGAAGUUCACAGUGUAUUUAAUAAUUACAGUUGUAAUGAAUAAUAAAUCGUAAUAUAUUAAAAUCUC